AUGACUCCUACAAAUCUCAAAGUUUCGAAUGAUACUGAAUUGCAUAAAACAUCUUUUGAUCAAGAACAUAAAAGUGAGAAGAAUCAUGAAAUACCAAAGCAGGAGACAUCCCAGGAAGAUGACACAAGCGUCGCAGAAGAAGAUGAUGAAGAUUUUAGUGAGUAUGAGUCUCUGAUAGAUUCUUUUAGAUUUGAGAGGGGCCUGAGUUUAUUUUUGGAGAUUCCAAAAGAAACAAUCAAGUAUAUUUAUAACGAUAGACUAGAUAAGCAUAUACAAUUACCAAGUAUCAUAUCUUUUAGGGAUCUUUGUAUGGAAGCUUUUGGAGAGGAGAAUGUAUUGGAGAAAAGGCAGUCUGGAUCUGGUAGAAGAAAGUGGGACAAUAUUAUAAAGGAGAAAUCAUUAACUCAAGAGCCACAAGAAAGGGAUGAUUUUAAGGAAGAGGAAAAUAGAGAUAAUGAAGAAAAGGAAAAUGAGGAAAGUGAAAGGACGUAUGAAGAUAUUACUUCUUUUUUAGAUACGAUUAAGUCAAAUAGUAAACAAGAUUCACAAAAUGUGAGUGAAAAUGUUUUGAGAAAGAGAGUACAUGAAAUGUCUACAAGACUUUCAAAACAAGGAUUGCUAUGCGAUCCAAGGGACUAUUAUUUCAAUCCAAUGACUAUGACAGGAUCUAGUGGAGCUAAUAGAAGCAGGGAGGAUUAUUAUGAUGUAUUUGAUGAUUUUAUUGAUGAUUCAGAGCUGGUAGAUGACUUAGGUUUGUCAUUGGACGAGCUUUAUAAUAGAAAUACAGAAAGGGGAAACCAAGUUGCUGAUCAGGGUGACGAAAAUGUGACGACAACUUCAGUUCAAACUUCAGAGUUAAUCUAUGCCGAUUACUCAAAUCCAACUGUUUUUUCCUGUGAUAAUGACCCACAAAACGACUAUAUUGAUCUUUAUUAUGAAUCAGAAUCAGGCAGCGAAGAUAGUGAAAUCAACGAUGAAACUAGAUACUCAGAUGGUGGCCAAGAUGAAUUGGAUGUAAGGAUAGGUGGGAAUGAUGGUUCACCUAGAAAGAAAAGUCAAUCUUUGCGUGAUAUACUCAAUAAUCCACUAAUUAAGCUUCUUAUUCAAGUACGUACAGACUGCUGGGUUUACUAUUCUCCUAAAAAUAUACAAUCUAACAAGGAUCAAAAUUUAGAGCAGAACAGCCAAUGUUCACUAAAUGGUCAAGCUUCAUCUACUCCAAUGAUUGAUUUUCCCAUAGGUAUUCCUUCUUCCCAGGCAACAGUAGAUCUAACCACUCCAACCGCAAAGACCAACAAGGAAGUAAUUUCUGGUACUUAUUCUUUUCCACAAAGGACUCCUAGAGUGGUUUCAGAUUGGUUCAGGACUCUAAACCAAAAGAUCAAGGAAGUAAUCGAGGCCUAUAACCGCUGUAAAAGCUAUUAUAAUGAAAAGGGGAAUAUAAAGUGUGAAAAGGGUCAUCAAGAUCCUGAUUUGAUGGAUUCUCUUGGAAUACUCAUAAGUAAUAUUGAAAAAGAUCCAAUUUUACUGAGGAUUCCAUCACUAUUCUCAGAUAUCUACUCAAAUCCCGCUGAUGUGGCUCCUUUUGAUUCGAAGCUUAUUAGGAUAAUAUGGGAAGGGCUUAACAUAUGCGUCCCAAUCAACAAUAAAAAAAAACAAUUUAAUCUUUCUCAUAGUUCUUCUGAUUCUUCUACAAUAAUCCAAUUACUUACUAGAUUUGAGUGUUUUCGUACUAAGUGGGCUAGACUAAUUCUUAAUCACAACCAAGAAGCUUUGUAUCAAUUUGAUCUGAAUGCAUUUGAGUCAAUCACAAAUUACCCACCAAUAAAGAACAAAUCUCCAGAAUACGUUCAAAAAAUUUUGAACUCAAUUCAUGAAUACAAUUUACAAAUUAGUAGCUCUAGUAAUAAAGAAAAAGAAGAGAAAUCCGACUCAAAGACUGAUGAAUUAGCAGAUAAUAGUAAUACGCCUAUUUUAAUCACUAGUAAUUCUUAUUUUGAUGAGAUUAAUAUGGAAGACAUCAAGUUGGAGAAUUUAGAAACUUCUCAAACACAAAACGAUGGUUCAAGCGAACAUUUUGAGCCUUCAGACUCAUUGACAAACAUAGAUUUGAUCGACAAUGUAGAAAAUUCUGAAAAGCAAGAUUCACUUAGAGGUGAGGUUUUGGAUAAGUUUAAAUCAGCAAAAAGCAGUGACUCAAGUUCACAGGGAAUUAAGGCAGUCAGCUGUGAUCUUGUGUUUGAUUUUGGAAUUUCUCUUCUUGAGUACAUUCACGGAAUUAAUCGGCUCAGAAUAGUCUACAAAGAUAUGAUAUCUUCUAAUGUUAUGACGAAAUCCGUCCAGAAGGAACAAGAUAACAUUCCAGUGAAUGGCUCUAGAGGACUUGAGCUAAUGAUUAAGGGACAUAUUCUUAAGAGAUUUUCAAAUGUAAGCUUUGAGGGACAGAAGAUAAAAGAUAUUCCCCACAGAUUCUUUCUUAAUCAAAUCAAGCUUCUUCAAAUUAAGUACUCUUACAAGAGUCUUACCAGUAUUUCCGUUCGCAAACCAAAAGUAGAUCCUGAGUCUAAGGUUACAAAAAAGAGGCAAAAAAAAGAUACUAAUAAGGCUAGUGGAGAGCAAUACCCAAACAAUAAUACUAAUGGAAACAACAUAGAAAGUGCCAUAAAGCCCAAAAAGCCCAAAAAAUCUAACAAUAAUUCUUCCAGUGAAAAGCAAAUGGACUAUCUUAACACAAACUCCAAUUCUUUGUCGCACGAGGAGUCAUCGAUGUUAUCUAAUGAUGAGUUUUUUGCCUCCAGUUUACCUGUUACAAUAGAAAAGCCAAAGCAAAAGCCGAGAAAGAGCAAGAGAGCGGCAAUUUCUGAGGAUGACUCUUCUGUAGCUCCUCCGGAGGAAUUGAAAGAAUAUUCCCAAGCUUGCCUUCUUGAAACUCCGAAACUAGAUUCUCAUGAUCCCAAAAUUUCGGCGGGCACUUUGGGUGUUCCUGGCAUUCCAAGUUAUAACACAACCCUACAUGAAGGGAAAAUUGUAGUGAGGGAGUCGUGUGAUCCUGAAAAGAUGGUUUCUCAUACGGUAGAGGAAGAUUUGCCAAUGCAAAGUCUUUAA